AUGGAUGCUGCCGCAUCUACUACCUCGGUGCCGCUGUCUCCACCCGCAGCAUCCGCCGACACUCUUAAAGAAACCGCUUCCACAGCUAAUGAUCUAUAUAUUGAUUUUAGCACUACUUUUGAACCACAAGUUAACACUUCAUCGAUUCCUUUGCAAGAAUCACGGAAUUCUAGACAGUCACCACUUCCUAGUACAUCGAAUAGUACUAAUAUAGAGCAAAUAAUUCUCGAUCUUCAAUUGUCGGACUCAAAUAAUUCCCCUUACGUAGAUUCUGAAUCGUCUUACCAUCCAGAAAAUAAUAAACCUGCAACUUCAUCUGAUACAUCACGGGACGAGAUUGAGGAAACAAAUGUCCGAAAAAAAAGUAAAAAAGCAAACCCAGACACCUGGAAGAGAAAUAUAGCAAAAAACAAACGUCAAAGCGGUAAAUCUUAUACCAACAGAAAGGGUAACAUUGUUAGCGCAAGAAACUGUAUUCCUACAAAUUGCAGUAAAUGUAGAUACAAAUGUAAUGAAAAUUUUACUGAAAAUACGCUAAUUUCAAAGGCUAAGAAGAAGGAUUUGAUGACGCUGUUGAAGGAUGGAGUGAUCCCAAAAGACUACGUUGAUUAUUACACUAACAUUCCUUCUAUUGAUGAAGAAAAUAUAAUUAACGAUUGUUCAGGCUCAGAGUCCGUUGACUGA